CGGCGGGUCGCCCGCUCCUGCCCCUUUCAAUCUGCGCCGACGCGGCGGCGCGAUCCCGGGGACUCCCCGCGCCGGGAAUCUCCCGCCAGCUGCGCGCUGCGUCCCGGCGACGGCAGGAGCACGUGGAGCGGCCGGGUAGCCAGAGCGGCAGCUCCAGCCCAACCCAGCCCGGCAGCGAGAUGGAAGAUAUAAAACCAAAUGUGGAACUGAAAAGCACUCAGGAACAGCCUGUGCCCACAGAAGGUCCAGUGAUUUUGAAUGACUACGAUUUAACCAAACCUCAUGAAACAGAAAAUGCAGACAGUGUGGAAGGCCCAACCAAUGAAGAUGAAGAUAUAGGAGAUGAUUCAAUGAAAGUGAAAGAUGAAUACAGUGAAAGGGAUGAGAAUAUUUUAAAGCCAGAGCCCAUGGGAAAUGCAGAAGAGCCUGAAAUUCCAUACAGCUUUUCGAGAGAAUAUAAUGAAUAUGAAAACAUUAAGUUGGAAAGACAUGUUGUCUCGUAUGAUAGUAGCAGGCCAACCAGUGGCAAGAUGAACUGCGAUGUGUGUGGACUCUCCUGCAUUAGCUUCAAUGUCUUAAUGGUUCAUAAGCGGAGCCAUACUGGUGAACGCCCAUUCCAGUGUAAUCAGUGUGGGGCAUCUUUUACUCAGAAAGGUAACCUCCUCCGCCACAUUAAACUGCACACAGGGGAAAAACCUUUUAAGUGUCACCUCUGCAACUACGCAUGCCAGAGAAGAGACGCACUCACAGGUCACCUUAGGACACAUUCUGUCGAGAAACCCUAUAAAUGUGAGUUUUGUGGAAGGAGCUACAAGCAGAGAAGUUCCCUUGAGGAGCACAAGGAGCGCUGCCGUACAUUUCUUCAGAGCACGGACCUGGGUGAGACUGCAAGUGCGGAGGCAAGACACAUCAAAGCAGAGAUGGGAAGUGAAAGAGCUCUCGUUCUGGACAGAUUAGCAAGCAAUGUGGCAAAACGAAAAAGCUCAAUGCCUCAGAAAUUCAUUGGUGAGAAGCGCCACUGUUUUGAUGUCAACUAUAAUCCCGGCUAUAUGUACGAGAAAGAGAGUGAGAUGAUACAGACCCGGAUGAUGGACCAAGCCAUCAAUAAUGCCAUCAGCUAUCUCGGUGCGGAAGCCCUGCGCCCCUUAGUCCAGACACCACCUGCUCCCACCUCUGAGAUGGUUCCAGUUAUCAGCAGCAUGUAUCCCAUAGCCCUCACCCGUGCGGAGAUGCCAAAUGGUGCCCCCCAGGACCUGGAAAAGAAGAAUAUACACCUGCCAGAGAAGAGCCUGCCUUCUGAAAGAGGCCUCUCCCCCAACAAUAGUGGCCAUGACUCCACAGACACUGAUAGCAACCAUGAAGAACGCCAGAAUCACAUCUACCAGCAAAAUCACAUGGUCCCUCCCCGGGUCCGCAAUGGGAUGCCACUUCUGAAGGAAAUCCCCCGCUCUUAUGAACUCCUCAAGCCCCCACCCAUCUGUCCAAGAGACUCCAUCAAAGUGAUCAACAAAGAAGGGGAGGUGAUGGAUGUGUAUCGAUGUGACCACUGUCGAGUCCUCUUCCUGGAUUAUGUGAUGUUCACUAUUCACAUGGGUUGCCAUGGCUUUCGUGACCCUUUUGAGUGUAACAUGUGUGGAUAUCGAAGCCAUGAUCGGUAUGAGUUCUCAUCUCACAUAGCCAGAGGAGAGCACAGAGCCAUGCUGAAGUGAACAUCUGGUCUCCAAGAUGAUUUACGCCUGAGCAUUCAACAUAAUUUGUAAAAACCGAUACCCCACCUAACGAAUUAUUCUCCAAACUCAUUUCCAAACUCCCUUCCAUACCAUUUUUAGUGUCCAAAGAGUCAUGUUCACAUGGGCAACAGGGAAAUGCUGUCUUCAUUCAGAAAUUGUUUGCAGAUAAUAUCGUGUUAUCAUUUUUGUUAAACCUUUGUUUUCUCAUUAGGGACUUGAAUUUUUAUGAUAUUUAAAAGCCAGUGAAGUAUUUGGUCAUUAUCUUUUGCAGCAAUGGAACAAGCAGUCCUUGGAGUUUGUUGCCAUUCAAAAGAAUCCCCCAGUUGUGCUGCAAGAGACAUUCUUUCUGAGAUACAUAGAUACAUCAGCCAUAUGUGGAAAAGCAUUUUGGUCAUCUGCCUAGGUCCACGAAGAAGAAGAGCUCACCAGCUAACCUGGCUCGGAAGCCAUGCCCUUCUGUACUUAACACAGGCUGAAAGUCUAGGAUAUAGUCUCCUCAUCCCAAAUUAUACUAUAAUGGUAAGGAAAAGAACAGUCAUAAAACAAGUAUCUGUUACCAGUAACUGAAGACUGAAGUCUCUAGGCAGCAGACCCAUUUCUUAGCACACAAGGGGAAAAAAAUCAAGUCAUCCAAUGAUACUUCUGCUUCUACCCUUUAACCUUCCCAUCAUCAAUUAAAAGUUGCUUUGGUUUAAACCAGUCAUGAAUAGGAGAAAUUCUAUAUCAGAAGAACGGAUGGCUUUAAACAUAGACCAUCAUUGAAACUCCAGGAAGUUGUCGGCUUUGGACGAUGGCAUCCAUUUCCUAUGAUCAAGACUGGCAGAACUGGGCUCUGAGGGGGAAAUGGUUCAGAAGCACCAUGGGGCAGUGAGGGGGAUGGGUAGUUACCUAAAAGUUCUUGGUCUCCUUCAUGGAGCAUUAGUGUACAGACACUUACCAAUGAUUUCUUUUUUUGACAAAAAACCACCAAAGAAUCCAAAAUGAGUGACUUAGUCUCCCCCUCCCCACAGGAGAGGAAUAGGGACAGAUGUCAUGUGUGUUGUUUGGGUCUUUGACGAGCUUCCUGAUGAGGUGAGGAGAGGGGCAACUCUGCUGACAGGUUCUCCUUUAUCAAGCAGGGUGGGUUUCUCUCUCCAUUUUAAGUGGAGCUGCUGUAUGCCACGAAAACUCCUGAAAGAUCUUGAUUCUGCACAUGUAUCGGUCAGCUUUGUCAUCUGUUACGGGAAAUAUGCUAUCAAGGGAAAGGUCAGGGAUAAUUGUAAAAUUAGUAUUGCAAUAGGGGUCACGAAAUCUGUUUGUGAAUUCCAUAUUGGCUGCUAAUUAGCUGUAUGACUUUGGGCAAAUCACUUAACUCUUAAAACUAAGUUUCUUCAACCAUAAAGUAACAGUUGGGUUUAUACAUUCUCUAAGGUCCCUUCCAGCUUUAAAUGUAUGCAAUUAUGCUGUAACCACAGUUACUUUUUAGACCUCUUAAUGCAUGGGUAUUAAGCAAAAGAGUAUGUAUAUGAAUAUCUGUUUCACAUUGCUUUGGUGUGAAAAUGGUAGUGUUGUUAAAUUUUUCCUUUAACCACUGAGUUGUGAAUGUGAAGAGGAUGGUGGGGAGGAACAAAAAACAGGAAGGUAUUUUGAUCUUGCCCCAAAGUGUAUACACAAAGUGGCACCUGCAUCUGCUUGCCAAAGCCUUUUUUUUCUCUCUCUCUCUCUCCUUUUUAAGAACUGGUGUUAGCGAAAAUAAAUUCUGCUUCCAGGGACAACUUCAUGGAGCCUAGUUACACAUUAAGAGUCAGCUUUGUGCACCUUUCUACCAGAGCCAAGAGUCCCCAAUUCCUGGUAGAUUAGUGUUUUAUGUAUCUGCCUUGAUAUUUCGAAAGGGCUUAGGCAUUAGACUUCAACUCAACUAAUUUAUGUGCUGCCAGUAAUUAAAAUGUUCCACCUCAGACUGCACAAAUGGCUUAUCCUUCUUUGUAGCAUGGCGUCUGUCUCAGGAAAAAAAAAAGACUUUGUGAAAUUCCAUGGUAACAGUCCCAACAUGUCUGAGAUUUCAGCUAAAAGACUAGACGUAUUUCAGUGCGUAGUCUUCACUAUGUUUCCGUAAUCCUAGACCCCAAGCUACGCCAGGUUGCUUACACCCGUUGUGGCCGAGGAGCUGCUUAUUACACUCUUGAAAUGCCGCACAUCCUGUUGGCUCUUCAGGGGACAAAAGAAAGAAUAUUUGGAAGCAAGAAUUAGUAGGAGAGAAAGCUUGGGAAAGCGGGCAUUUCCACCAGAUUAGUGGGAAAGUCCUUCUGCAGAAGCCAACUCUUGCACCUUAAGAGUGAAAGAGGCCCAUCCCACUAACCUAGGGACUUUUGUGUAGAUAUGACCCUCAUUUUCCCUGUGACUAAUAGAUUUUCUAAAUGAUUUCUAUUCUUCUGAGGUCAGUCUUCUGAGUGGGGUGGCCACUCAGAAAUGCUACUUUCACUGUAGCAUUCUGGGCCUAGAUUGGGACACACCGAGUCCAGAGAAAAUUUGCAUGUACAAACUGCAUAUUCUUAAAUCUUAAAGUCGAACCAGUUAAUAUGUAGUAGUGGUUGUCACCACACAGGUGAAUAUUUCCUUCUGUAGGCACUCCUUAUACCAAUUAAUGUCCCUGCCCACCACUUGCUGGUAAAGAGGGUAAAGGAGAAUCUUAGCAAGAUUGCUUGGUGAGAAGGGCAGAAUCAGGAUUCACGUUCAACCAUGUUGGACAGUGAGAUCUCCUUUCCCAGCCAGAGUCCCUCUGAACAUGAACGUUGUGGGUCUUCGCUCAUCUUCAUUUCCCACCAUACACCCAGGAGGCCACAAUCUGAGGAAGAGCCAACCCCAUGGAAAGUUCCCUUGCAGCCAAGGUGACAGAAUUGGGGUGAGGCGGAAAAGGAAGAGAACUGGCUCUCCAGAUGUUCCUUACCACCACUUGAAUCAAUGCACAGGUAUUUCCUAAGGACAUAGAACUAAACAGAAGUAUCUCCCCCAUUACCCUCCACCACCAUCACCAAGGACAAAAAGACAUUAAUAAAUCUAUCAGUCUUGGGGCACCUGAGUGGCUCAGUCAAUUGAGCAUCCAACCCUCGGUUUCGGCUCAGGUCAUGGUCUUGCAGUUUGUGAGUUCAAGCCCCGCAUCAGGCUCCACACUGACAGCCUGCUUGGGAUCUUUCUCUCCCUCUCUCUGCCCCUCCCAUGCUCAUUCUCUCCGUCUCUCUUGAAAUAAAUAAAUAAACUUAAAUUUUUUUUAAAUAAAUAAAUCUACCAGUCUUUAGAUUCUUUAAGUCAUUCUCCCCAAAAGAUAUUUGCCUUGACACAGAUAAGCUAACUAAUCUUAUGCCUUGUUACCUAUUUUGAGCUGUUCCUGACUCAGCUUCUGAUUUUGUCAGUGACAAAAUUUCUCACCUUUCAAAUGCAGUGCUUAACAUUUGCUAGGCCCAUACUCAUAGUGGUGGCCCAGAUAUAAUAUGACCUCAGAUUUCUUUUGCAAAGAAAAAGGUCUGAAAACACAGAAUUUUGCUUAGUUGAAACACUGUGUUACGAACAAAUCUCAAACUGACGUGAAGUUUUUCCUAGUAGUCUCUGUAUCACUAUUCUUAUUCUCCUCCUCUGCUUUUUCCCCUCUGAUAAAUGUGAGGUUUAAUGUGUUUUAAGGGAAAAAGCAAUACUGCUGAUAAAUAUCCCAGCACAGGCACAGUAAGACCGUAAUGGAAAUGUUAAAUGCUUAGAGUCCUAACUUUAAAAUGUACCCCACAGAGAACAGGUCUGUUGGUCUCCAGUGGAGAUUUGGAAACUCCAGGCCCCUCAACAUUUGAAUCCUCAGAGAUAGCCAACCUCUUUCACAAGGGCUUGGAAUUGAGAUUUAUGAGCUCAAGAAGAGAAAGAAAGGGGAGUGAUAAAAAUUUUGCCCUAGGAAGUAGCAUCCAGUUGUGCAGAAGAGAUAUACGGCGAUACUUCUCCUUUAAAGAAUUGGGAGCUAAUUUUUUAGGUUCAGACAGUACAGUUCAGAGAACUCUCUAUAAGCAGAGUUCAGAAAAGCAGAAUGGAUUUGAGACUUCAGUGCCUGUGAAGAAGACAAUUUUGUCCUGAAACCAAAGGCUAGAACUGGGCUACUCUAGGAAAAGGAUGCUGUUCUCUAAAGAUAAAGGACUGACUGGUUCUGCAAAUAAUCAGUGAACCCAGGGCUGGGCACUGCCUCUAAAGACUGUGGACUCAGAAGAGCCUGGAAAAGAAGUGUAGGCUUUAGACUUGUGUGAGCUCAGAAUACAAGACUGUAGCUCCAUUCACCCCAACUGUAGAUAGUGUGUACCCCACCAUGCCAUCAACAUGCUAAACAGGUCUUUGCACUUUGAAAAAGUUGAAUGCAAGUUUCCUCCAAAUAUUACAAGAGUGGACUGCUGAAUAUUCAUAUUGAUUGAGCUGUUCUUUGAAAACGGAAUGUUAAUGUUUUGAUUAAAAAAUGUAAGGACAGAAUAUCUACCUCCCAAGGAUGUUAUGAAGUUUUAUGUAAUUUUGUUUAUGGGGUGAUGUUACUGUUUUUUUUUGGGGGGGGGGAUUAUGUUGGAUGGUUACAAAUUUUCCACUACGUGUACUGUAUGUGGAUUUAAAGACAUGGAGAUAUUCCAAGGCCAUACUAGGACCACAGUUCAUUCAUUCAGUAGCCAGUGGAGGCAUGUGAUCUCUAGCACAGUCUCCUUCAUGUUAUUUUAAUUCAUAAGAGUAAAGAAUAUGCUGAAUAUUAAAACCAAUAUGAGUUAACCACAUGCUACAGACACUUCACAGCACUGCAGCCAGGAAAGUAGAAUGGCUUUGCUCCCUCCCUGUCUCAUGAGCUCUUGACUAUUAACUCCCCAAGUAACUUAGAGUUUCCUCAAAUGCUCCUCACUAUCCAUCUCCCUAUUGACCCUACUCUAGAAAGCCUGGAGAGCAGUCCCAUAAUGCAACCCCCCUUCUCCCAAGCCUGUGCCACACCUCUGUGGGGCCUAGCUUCAGAUUCUGAAGCUGCUUUUCUUCUUCCUCUCAUAAAAAGACUGAGAACAAACAUUUUAACAUAGUAAGAAAAUGGAGCAGCCUUGAAAAUGAUCCCAUUGUCAGUGACUCAUUUAUACAAGGACUUUUCCAGGUUAGCAGACAAAAACCCUUGUUGGUGGGCCUGCUUCUGUGGGUUCACAGAAACCAAAUUACUGUGGGUUGCAAAGAAUUAGCAGGUCAUUUGAAAAGCAGACAUCCCUUCACCCAGACUGUGGUUUUGCAUGCUCAGGUUCUCAGUCUAUGAGCUUUGGUGAGGGAUCAUUUUGGCUACUGGAAAAACCAUAGGUUAUUUUUAAUUUCUGGUUGCCAAAGCCACCACACGUGUGGUCUGUGGAUGACCCUUGUCUGCAGAAUGACAGGGGAAGAAGGGAACCUGGUUUGGGGGUUCAAAGUGGCCUUCCCCCCAGGAGGAAGGGAGGGAGCCCUUGCUGAGUGGUUUCGACACGGCCUGUGCUCAUAGCAUUCUCUCUGGGUUUCUCAGAAAUGCCCUCCCUGCCCCGCAGUGACCUUCUCUCUUAACUUCUCUCAAGUUUUACCCAGAGUCCAACUAUUUUAGAGCAUCGUAAGGUGCCCUAUUCCUCUGUAACGACUGUUUAAAGAAAGUCAGCUUCUGAAAUGUAGCAAUGCUAACCUUGCCAGAACUAUAAUGAGUGCAUCACAUAAAAAAACAACAACAACAAAAAAAAACAAAAAACGAACAAACAAAAAAAAAAAAACCUGCUGAUAGUUUUCAAGAUUUCUAUAUCAUGUUUGAUUUUUACACUGAAAAAUAAAAAAAUAUAUACUGGUGUGUUUAAAAUUA